AUGACCGGCUCUCUCAUGGCAGCGGCCCUCCUGAUGGGAGGCGCCUCUGCAGCUCAACUUCCUCUCAUCCAGCCCUCCCAGAUUCCCCAAUCCCCUCAAUUCCCGAUCCCAGCGGGUGAGAAACCGCUAGUCAGCUCCGACGCCCUACAGGAGCAGAUCGAUCCGACCAGACUGCUCCAGCGAGCCAAGACCCUCUACCACAUUGCUGAGCAAGGCUUCGAUGAAUUCAACCACCCGACUCGAGUGAUUGGCAGUAGAGGCCAUCUUGCGACCUUGGACUACAUCUACUCGACCAUCAUCGGCCUAGGCGACUACUAUACCAUCUCAAACCAAUCUUUCCCCGCUGUCACGGGCAAUGUAUUCGAAUCGCGUCUCGUGCUGGGUCAUGAGGUGCCAGAAUCGGCUCAUCCGAUGGGCCUGACGCCCGGCACGAAGAACAAGCAGCCUGUUUACGGACCCCUGAAGCUUGUCGCCAACCACGGCUGCGAGAAGUCCGACUAUCCAGACCUCACCGGUGCAAUUGCCCUGGUCAGCCGCGGUACUUGUCCUUUCGGCACAAAGUCCGAGCUGUCCGGACAGGCCGGCGCCGUCGCCGCCGUGGUGUAUAACAAUGAGAAGGGCGACCUCAGCGGCACCCUGGGGACUCCGUCGCCUGACCACGUCGCGACAUUCGGGAUCUCGGAUGCCGAUGCGGCGCCUUUUAUCAAGCAGCUGAAAGAGGGCAAGAAGGUGGACUCGAUUGCCUACAUGGACGCCACCGUCGAUACGAUCUCCACCACCAACAUCAUCGCACAGACCACGGGCGGAGAUCCCGAGAACUGUGUCAUGCUGGGCGGCCACAGUGACAGCGUGCUCGAGGGGCCUGGGAUCAACGAUGACGGAUCCGGGUCGCUGACUCUGCUGGAAGUCGCGACGCACCUGAGCCAGUUCGACGUGAACAACUGCGUGCGGUUCGCCUGGUGGGCUGCCGAGGAAGAAGGCCUGCUCGGUUCGGACUACUACGUGUCAGUCCUGAAUAAGACCGAGAAUUUGAAGAUUCGUCUGUUCAUGGACUAUGACAUGUUGGCGUCGCCCAACUUCGCCUACCAGGUGUACAAUGCCACUAAUGCCGUCAACCCGACCGGAUCGGAGGAACUCCGCGAUCUGUACACGGACUUUUACGAGGACCAUGGCGUCAACUUCACGUAUAUCCCGUUUGACGGCCGCAGCGACUACGAUGCGUUCAUUCGCAACGGCAUCCCCGGCGGCGGAAUCGCGACGGGAGCCGAGGGCGUCAAGACCAAAGAAGAGCAGGCGAUGUUUGGUGGUGUCGCAGGCGACUGGUUUGAUCCCUGCUAUCAUCAGAUCUGUGACACUGUGGACAACUUGAACCUGACCGCUUGGGAGUUGAACACGAAGCUGGUUGCCCAUACAGUGGCUACGUUCGCACGCUCCUUCGAGGGUUUCCCCGAGCGAUCGACCUUGGAGAGCACUUCCGUUGAGCGCGAGGAGUUCAAAUACCACGGGCAUAAGCUGCAGAUGUAA